AUGGCAUCUGUCGCCCUUCGCGCCACCCUCUCAUAUUCCUGCUACACCAUUCAUAUCUUAUCGAGUGCGCCAAGACAUGUUUGCAACUGGCCGGAGAUGGCGGGGAUCGAAACCCCGUUCGGUCUAUUCUGUCAGGUCAUCGCCGCAGAUGAGCUCGGAGACAUAUAUACGGGAGCUGGAGUCUGCUACACUGGACCAUGUUCGAGGCGGAUGUGCGGUUCCUAUCUUUCAACAUGA